GACGUUCGUUCGUUCGUUCGUUCGUUUCUUGCCGGACACCGAGGUCCCGGCCCUGAGGGCAGAUGCUGUGUCCAUGAACUGAUUGACUUUUUCGAUGGAAAGGGGUUCUAUUGGUUGCAUUGAUUGGUUGUCGUAGGCCAGGUUGAGCAUCGGCAGAAGCGGCAAUGAACAGGGAGAGCCAAAUGGCAUUUGGACGGCUCAGUGAAUCUCAAACAGCCGCAGGUGAGCAGCGGAGGAAGGACUGAGUGGCGGACCGAUGCGGACACACACUCAUGUGCUGCUCACUGAUUGCUCUGCUUUGUCUGCAGCGUGCUACGGCGGGCCUUGUGAUCUCUCCGAGCAGCAGCCAGAUAGCCUCGACAGCACAUUUGAUCCUGCUUCUUACGUGACAUGCUUCAAGUGCGGGGCGUCAUGUCAGCUAUCUGCGGCAUUUCGAGGAUGGUUCACACACGUGAAGCCCGUCAGAGAUGCGCCCGACUCGAUGGCUCUCCACGUGCGGCAGUGCGAAGGCUGCAAUUUCUGGGCUGGCAUCUACAUCGGCAAUCGUUGGUGGACGCUGCCUUGUGUGCUGAAGGCCCCUGAGGACAGAGAUGGCAUUGUCGAGGUGCCUACUGGCAUGCAUGUGGACCGGCUGCGCGUCACCCUGCUCUUGACGGGCAUCCACCUGACGGCGAUUACGUGGGGGAAAGGAGUCGGCUUCCUUAUGGGUAGGCGUGCACCGGCAAAUGGAUGGAUGGAUGGAUGGACUGAUUGCAAGAUGGGCAGCGUGCGCGUGUAUACCGUGCCGUUCAGGUGUGAGGAGCACCACCCCGACUUUCAUGUUGUGGCAGCGUGGAAUCCCCAUGGGUUUCUACUCUCUCGCCCCGUGCAGCCGCGAGGAUGAGGAGGGUGCCUACCACACCGUGACGCUCCUCAACGUCUUCGUCCGCCCAGACCGGCAGCGACAGGGCAUCGGGCGGCAGCUCAUCGACCACUUCCGCAGCAACUAUCAGUCAUUCUUCAUCCCGCCCCUCCCUCCCUACUCCCCCGUCCCCCCACCAGGCAUCGCGGCCCCCCUGUCUGACGCUCUUAGGGGCAUGCUGACGCGCCAUUACUCAGCAGAUGAGCUGAAGCAGAUGGUCUUGAUCCCUGAUGGCGGCGGCGAGGCCCUCGGCACCGUGUAUGACAAUGUGAUGGGCGGCGAAGAGGGCGGCGUUAGCAGCGGGCUCGGGAAGCGGAGGGGCCCUCCGACACCGGCAGCUGAUGAGAUGGAGAGGGAGGGGCAGGACGAUUCGUCAGAGAGGGACGCCAAGAGGAUGCGUGUGGAGGAGGAUGUGAGCAUGACAGCGGCUGCGAAGACGUGCGAGGGUGCCGAUUGACGGCAGGGCCUCCGCUGUUGUGGCUUGAGUACAGAGAGGAGGGAGGCGUGCAGCAGUGGCCUCCCUCCUUAGGCGAGUCGUCGAUUUGGUGUGGUGUAUGAGUCCAUAUGUCGUGAUGGCGAGUGCAUGUUGAUUGGAUUGUGCCUUGAUGUCAAUUUGUGAAGAGUGAUGGUGUGAGAGACAGUGCGGCGCGGUGCGGCAGGUGUACAGUACAGACACCAUCAGUACAUUUCAAUGGUACCUAGAUG